UCAAAACAUUUAAAUCACCAACAGAUUUCCACAUAUUUGAUCGUUUUUCUACAAGCUCCUCCCUCCAGUGAAUAGAAACUGAAAGUAAACAGCACUGUUGUAGGAUAUCUGAUACACGUCAAGAUGGGUGCAAUAUUCAACGUGCUUGAAAGGUUCCGACUGGAAUCUUACUACAACCAGUUUUUCCAGUUGGGUGUAAAAGAUGAACGAGAUUUCCUGGAUGGCGUCACAGAUGAAGACCUAAACAACAUUGGUCUAAGUCAUGUGGAGAGGAAUCGUUUUUCAGCUAUGAAAAUCUUCAUUCAAAGACUCCGAGCUCCAGAGCGCCACGUUCAAACUGUGACGCCUGUGCAAAAAUCAUUGGAGUCGUUCCAUCUGCAGUACACAUACCCGAAAUGUCCUCAACCCAAACAAAUUAAAGAUAUGGAUCCAGCACAGAACACAGUUGAGGACCUGAUGUUAAGGAUCGGCCAUCUUGAAAGUGUCGGCAAUUCCAGAGGAGUUUGUCUCUACACAAUCGAUGGGAUGCCUCUGACAGACGAUCCCUUCUUCAACACAUGGUCUUUGAAUGACAGACAUAUUCAAAGCGGAGCUGUGAUUUAUGCCAUAUUCACACCGAAGGAAAACCUGAAACAGGCUCCUCAGAUACCAAAGCGAGAGGCUGGCGAAACCUACGGAGACGAUGUGGUUCGAUGUCACGUUAUGCUUAAGGGAGACUUUGAGGUGACGGUGAACUUGGAAAGUGACACCAUGACCAGUCUGAGACUCAAGCUGGCAAAUGAAAGUGGAAUCCCGGCACAUGUCCUUUAUUACAAAGGUAAACACUCUGCCGGCGACACGCUGCAGAGAUGUGGAAUCUCUGACGGGUCAACGGUUUUCUUCACUUUGUCCACAUUUUCUGACGAGACUCCACACAGUGAGACGUUCUUCAUUAAUGACGUUGUGCCUACAAUCCAGCAAACCCAGAAAGGAAUCAGCGUCUUCUUGUCUUCACUCUAUGCUGUUCGAAGUCAUUAUAAAAAAGAGAGCCUAAAGAAGCUGAUUUCCUACAUACGAAAACUGACCGGAUGUCACCCUCUCGGCCAAAGUUUGCAUCAGUUGCUCUGCAGGAAUGAAAAGUUAACCAGAAAUCAGAAGAUUGCAGUUGUUGAAGGCUUGUACAUACUCUUCAGAGAGCUUUUGCCCCAACGCGGGACACAACGAGGGGAGAAAGUCAUUGAGGACCUGGACGUCUUUGAGAAUUCACUGUACUGCUGGGCACAUCUCCUAUCAGAGGCAGAGAAACAGGGAGCAGAUCAAGAGAACUAUGCACCAAUCACUCUAACGGCUGAAGAUGGCAGUCGUUUCUGUGAACCAGUCAGAGUUCCUGGAGUACCUAAUGCCUUUGAACGAGCAUACGUUCUCCAGAAAAUUAAAGAUGGAGAGAAAAUUCCAAAUUGCACUGAAGCAUUUUUGCGGGAAACAUCAUUACAGAGAGCCAACGACAUUGAAAAAAUCCUGCUCAGUUUGCCUCCGUUCAUCCGAACAUAUCCUCUUUGGAUUCAUCAUGACAAGAAGACUGGUCAGAACUUUCAGAUAAAGAUGGAGAAGACUUUUGGAAGUAUGGUGGAAAAUUUAAAAUCUCCCUCCAAUCAAAACCUCAAUGUGACCCCACCUCUACGUUUAAAGGAGCUAGGACAGUGUGGGGCACGCCUUGUUCUACUGAGUGAAGACAACCUUGGUGUGUGUUUGUAUAAAGAAAAAGGACUCCCAGAUAUGAUCCAAGUGCUUGAUUGUUUGAAUGGUAAAACAAAGUCAGUGGAUGUAAAUCUGUUGGCAGCAAAGACUGGUGACCAUAGAGAUGACCAAACAUUUGUCACAACAAGGAGUCCAAAAGAAGCUAUACUGGUGCUGAUAGAUACAAGCUCAUCCAUGGAGGAAGAGUGCUACGGAAGUGGUGAAAUAAAGAAAAUUAAUGUGGUGAAAGAGCUCUUUGACAACUUUGCAACAAGGAGCAUGGCUUAUGAUUUCCAUCACAUCAUUGGCCUCGUGAAGUUCGACUCCAUGGUGAAAACUCUCCACACAUUUACGGAAAAUCUGGAAAAGUUCAAGGAACACAUACGUAACCUUGAGGCAAGUGGAUGUACUCUGCUGUAUGACGCCCUACGACGCGGGGCAUCCGAGUUGGAAAAGGUCAAGGCGAGGUUCCCAGAUUGUAGACUUCGCAUCAUGUGUCUCACUGAUGGGAAUGAUUCUGGAUCCUCCAUAGAGCCAGUUCCUGUUACAGCCAGACUGCUCAAAUCUGACAUCAUUGUGGAUUCAAUCCUUCUCGGGAAUGUGGAGAACAAUAUGCUGCAUGGAAUCAGCAACGCAACAGGUGGUUGCUGUUUCAAACCACAGACAACCAAAGAGGGUCUGAGGCUUUUUGAGAUUGAGACCGUUCUGUCUUUGGAGCAGAGGACACUCAAGGAAAAACUGGACCCAUCUUCCAUCAGUGAGGAUAUUUUGUCAAGCAUCUUUGCUAGUCAAGGGUAUGACGAAUACCCAGAGACGUCCCUGCCAAGUCAGAUACACAGCAAAGUGACAGUGACAGAGAGAACCCUGAAGAAGAAGAUAUCGGAGUUAAAAAAGGGCUGGUUUCUGGAGAAGGACAAACGUAUCCUUGAGGAGCUCAGGAGCCUACAUUGUGACCCGCAUCCCUUCUUCAGGGUCUUUCCAUCAGAGUCAGACUUUACGUUCUGGAAGAUUCUCAUGGAGGGUCCUCCUGACACACCGUAUGAGAAAGGAGUGUUUGAGCUGUACUGCCAGUUUGGUCCCGACUACCCAGUGAAGCCUCCACUCGUCCGCUUUGUCACACAAGUGUACCACUGCAAUGUCAACAGUGUGGGUCGCAUCUGCCACAACAUAUUUGACCGCAACUACAACGCUCACAUCACAAUGAGAGAGAUCCUAGAAGCUGUGUAUGGACUGCUCAUCAUCCCUGAGCCUGAGGAUCCACUGGACAGCAUUUUGGCCGAAGAAUUCCUGACGAGCCGUGAGACGUAUGAGAGAGAAGCAGAGAAACAUACAGAGGAAACAGCAGGAAACUCACUGGAUGACAUGGAGAAAAAAUUGGUGGAUCCUGUGCCACAAUUCGUACCCCAACAUCUGAUCUGUCCGCUUACGAAGAAGAUGUUUAUUGAUCCUGUGAAAACCAUAUACGGCACCGUGUAUGAACGCAAGGCCAUUGAGGAACACCUGAAACAACACGAGUACGAGCCGUUGGCUGGCCCAGGACACGAGCUUGAAAUGGGUGACAUCACGGCAGACCAGGACAUGAAGAAAAUGGUGAUGGAUCAUCGUUCUCGUCAAAUUAAGUGAAUCAGAGCAGAAACAUUUUGAAGUUGAGGAAAGUUAGCUACACCUCAGUACUUUCAUGCAAAUUCAUCUCUCUGAAGAGACGUUCGAUAAUUGUUUGAUAAGCUUGUUCAUACUACAAGUUUAGAUUUAAUGUUUCAUAACGUACAUUUCAAAGUUUCUUUUCAUAAUCAUAUUACACAUAUUAUUCCCAACAAUCAUUCAUACAUUUAUUUAAUACAUUUACUUUUUAUUGGGUAUAAUGAAUCAAAGUUUAUUGCAUUUCUCUUACUCAUAAGUGUAACAAUAAAGGAUGAAGAAAAGAGGGAUUGAGUGAUGGAUGCAGCUUUACUUCUUCAUUUUCAACGAUGUUGAAACAUCUUUUCUUCAAGUCAUCCAGUUAAAUCUGAUGUAUUGUGAUGAUCUAGUUGUUUUUAUGCGGUCAUGCCAUAGCCUGAUGUUUCUAAAUAAAUAAAGUAACUACUAUCUUUCACUUUGAAGUUGAAGAAUAGUUUUUGUCAACUUUUGAAUAGUUUUUUUUAUCUUUUUAAGAGUAAUUAACACUUUUACAUACAAUAUCCAGUUGAAAUAUUCAUGGAACAGAGUUUAAGUUUAUGAACAUGCAAAUUGAAUUUGGGUGGAUAGCCUUAUGUGACAAUAAAGGAUAUUGCAAAACC